CAAACUAAGGCUGGUGGAAGCGUGGUGUUGAUUUGACAGUUUCCCCUCCACUGUGGUUGUCUGUUAAAAACAUAGUGUCACUACAGUGAGUCACACAGAUGCAGGACAGUGCAGGGAGAAGACACAGCUACAGACGUACAAUAGAGUUGAGGUUAGAAGUAGAAGUUAUUGUAUUUGACCACGAGUGUGUUAAGAUGUCAGAGGGAGUCUAUGAAAACGAUGAGCCUGAUGCAAUGAAGAACACAGACAUUGAUGGCCAAUUAUAUGCCAACGUAAGAGCCUUCAAGCCCAGUACAAGAGAUGGAGUUGUUGCUUCAGUACCUGUGUCCACAGAGCCUGAUAACUCAGGGAAGAGAUCCUCCAGAGUUGCUGCAGUGUGUCUGGGGCUGCUGUGUGUUCUACUUGCUGGGAUCAUAGGCCUGUCUGUCUACUAUUAUUGGGUUUAUAAGAGUUUCUUAGCCUAUAAAACCAACUCAUCUGCAGAGAGAGACCAGCUACAGACCAGCUACAACAACUUGACUACUGAGAGAGGCCAGCUACAGACCAGCUACAACAACCUGACUACUGAGAGAGACCAGCUACAGACCAGUUACAACAACCUGGCUAAACAGAUAGAACAGCUACAGACUGAGAGAGAUUUUCUUAGGGGGUGGCUUACCAAUUGCAAACAAACCUGUUCUGCUGGCUGGCAGAAGUUUGAAUCCAGCUGGUACUUCCUGUCUACUGAGACUAAAACCUGGAAGAAGAGCAGAGAGGAUUGUCUGGAGAGAGGAGCAGACCUGGUGAUCAUAAACAGUGAUAAGGAACAGAAAUUUAUCUUCGACCUCAAGAGGAGAGUCUGGAUUGGUCUGACCGAUUCUGUUAAUGAGGGGACCUGGAAAUGGGUGGAUGGCACCCCACUGACCACAGGGUACUGGUAUGCCAAACAGCCUGAUAAUGCAGGUCCUAAUGGGGACGAGGACUGUGCUGAGAUAGCCAAAGAUCAGAGUCCUCUGAAGGCAUGGAAUGAUUUGUCAUGUGACAGCAUAAUCAACUGGGUUUGUGAGAAAGAGUUUUUACAUCACCAUAACAACAUGCUGUAACACAUACUGUAGACUCCAGUGUAUCUCUCUCUCGCUCUCUCUCUGUGUCUCUCUCUAUCUCAAACCCAUGCACACAAAUGUUGUAUUUGUUUGUAUUAGUAUAUUAAUAAAUUACAUGCUUAUUUCCUGACAUUGUAGCUUCCUGUUUACCAGAGUCAACAUGAAUUUAGUACACUUGACUUUGUUCACACUGUAUGCGGUGCAUUUGGUCAAUUCCAAUUAAAUACAUUCUUCUUACUUGCUACAGAUAUUUACAAUCUCCAAUUUAGGCCUGGUGAUGACAUUCUCAACAGUACCAAACCACCAUUAAAUACACUGUAUAGGAGGUGACUGUAUCACCAACCAAUGAGUGUAGUAGAGAUAUCAAAGGGUAUCAAACGAUGUAAAUGAAUCAUCUUUGACAGUCAGUCUUUGUUGUCAAGUUAAAUAUCAAAUGCUCAUAUUUGACUGUUGUUCCCAUAUAUGGGUCCCAAAAGAGGGAAGUGAAGUUGAUAUUUUCAGUGGUUCAACCAGCUGUCACUCAAAACGCCUCAACCAAUUAGGUUCAUAACGAGAGAGGAGAGCCCUGGUGGUUUAUGUUGUCACCUCAUCCUCACUGGUUAAGACUACCCACCCUCAAUAUCCACUUGGAGCAGUUUGUAGUGUUGAAUAUAUUGUCUGGACAUUCUAAUGACUCGUUAUUAUAGUCCUGGACCUACUGAACAUGUUGAUGUAUAUUUGGGGGUAAACAAAGAUGCCCAGGGUCCCCGCUCAUCUGUGUGAACGUGCCUCAGGCAUGCUGCAAGGAGGCAUGAGGACUGCAGAUGUGACCAGGACAGUAAAUUGCAAUAUCCAUACUGUGAGACGCCUAAGAUAGCGCUACAGGGAGACAGGACAGCUGAUCGUCCUCACAGUGGCAGACCACGUGUAACAACACCUGCACAGGAUCGGUACAUCCGAAAAUCACACCUGCGUGACAGGUAAAGGAUGGCAACAACAACUGCCCGAGUUACACCAGGAACUCACAAUCCCUCCAUCAGUGCUCAGACUGUCCGCAAUAGGCUGAGAGAGACUGGACUGAGGGCUUGUAGGCCUGUUAUGUUCAUACAAAUAUUUACACAUGUUAAGAUUGCUGAAAAUAAACACAGUUGACAGUGAGAA